GCGCGUGUAUGUAAAGGUGCAGCCCGUGUGCGAGGGUCUGGGUGCGCGCGCGGUGUCUGGCCGGGUGCGCGCGCGCGCCGCUGCCCGCUUGCUUGCCUGCUAAAGGCUGUUCUGUGGGCUUGACCAGCGAGCGGGAGCCAAGAAGCUGGAUCCCAGAUCAAGUAGAGAGCAUCGCGGAAACUGAGGAGCGAGUCGGAAAGCAGUGGGCCCUCCACAGGACUUGGGGCUCCAGAGGGAGGCCAAAGAAAACUCCAGCAGCUACCCCUUGUGGGACGGGAGCGCGCGGAGAAAUGUGUGCGCAGAGGGACUGAAGGCCCCCGCGACAUCGUGCACAGUACCCCGCCCCCGCCACCAAGCCUGCGAGGAGGCUGCUGCUCGGUCCGGGUACCCAAGAGGGGGCUGCGCGCCGGCUCUGGGCACUGGGAUGCGGCAAAACAUUGCGGUACACGCCAGCGGCCCCUCCAACCGCGUCGCCUCCAGGUCGAGGUAGCGCUCGGGGGACAGCAGCGGCCGAUCUUCCACUGUUCUCCUACACCCCCACCCCACCCCCACCUCGGCCCUUGGGAAGGGAGCAGCUAAGGUUCCCCUAGUCCGCUGUUGUGAAGCCACGUCGACCUGCGGACCCCAUAGCAGUGGUUUGCACUCUGCAGGCUCCCUCUCUCUGCUUGGACAUGAAGCGCUAGGAGCGGCACUCUUGUGGAUGCUGGAUUUAUGAUAAAGCUGCUCAAAGACCGUGGCAUGGGGACUCCUCUUCGUCGGCAGUGACAGCCUGUGGUCUGAGUGAAGAUUAUUUGUCUUUAUUCAGAAGCAUAGAGUUGUUUGCUGAUUGCAAGAAGAUGUUUCUUUGGCUCUUUCUGAUUGUGUCAGCCCUGAUUUCUUCUACAAAUGCAGAUUCUGACAUAUCAGUGGAAAUUUGCAAUGUGUGUUCCUGCGUGUCAGUAGAGAAUGUGCUCUAUGUCAACUGUGAGAAGGUUUCAGUCUACAGGCCAAACCAGCUGAAACCACCUUGGUCUAAUUUCUAUCAUCUCAAUUUCCAAAACAAUUUUUUAAAUAUCCUCUAUCCAAAUACAUUCGUGAAUUUUUCUCAUGCAGUAUCUCUGCAUCUGGGAAAUAAUAAGCUGCAGAACAUUGAGGGAGGAGCCUUUCUCGGGCUCAGUGCAUUAAAGCAGUUGCACUUGAACAACAAUGAAUUAAAGAUUCUCCGAGCUGACACUUUCCUUGGCAUAGAGAACUUGGAGUAUCUCCAGGCUGACUACAAUUUAAUCAAGUAUAUUGAACGAGGAGCCUUCAAUAAGCUCCAUAAACUGAAAGUUCUCAUUCUUAAUGACAAUCUGAUUUCAUUCCUUCCUGAUAAUAUUUUUCGAUUUGCAUCUUUAACCCAUUUGGAUAUACGAGGAAACAGAAUCCAGAAACUUCCUUAUAUUGGAGUUCUAGAACACAUUGGCCGGGUUGUUGAGUUGCAGCUGGAAGAUAAUCCUUGGAACUGUAGCUGUGAUUUGUUGCCUCUAAAGGCUUGGCUGGAGAAUAUGCCAUAUAACAUUUACAUAGGAGAAGCUAUUUGUGAAACUCCCAGUGACUUAUAUGGAAGGCUUUUAAAGGAAACCAACAAGCAAGAACUAUGCCCCAUGGGUACAGGCAGUGACUUUGACGUACGCAUUCUGCCUCCAUCUCAGCAGGAGAAUGGCUUUACUACUCCCAAUGGUCACACUACUCAGACAACCUUGCACAGAUUAGUGACAAAACCACCCAAAACAACAAAUCCUUCCAAAAUCUCUGGAAUUGUGGCAGGCAAAGCCCUAUCCAACAGAAAUCUCAGUCAGAUUGUGUCAUAUCAAACAAGAGUGCCUCCUCUUACACCUUGUCCAGUACCUUGCUUUUGCAAAACACAUCCUUCUGAUUUGGGAUUGAGUGUGAAUUGCCAAGAGAAAAAUAUACAGUCCAUGUCUGAAUUGACACCAAAACCUUUGAAUGCCAAGAAGUUGCAUGUCAAUGGUAAUAACAUCAAAGAUGUGGACAUUUCAGACUUCACUGAGUUUGAGGGGCUGGAUUUGCUCCAUUUAGGCAGCAAUCAGAUUACGUUGAUCAAAGGAGAAGUAUUCCACAAUCUUACUAAUCUGCGCAGGCUUUAUCUCAAUGGCAAUCAGAUUGAAAGGCUAUACCCUGAAAUAUUUUCAGGACUUCAUAACCUGCAGUAUCUUUAUUUGGAGUACAACUUGAUUAAGGAAAUUUUAGCAGGCACCUUUGACUCCAUGCCAAAUUUGCAGCUACUGUACUUGAACAAUAAUCUCUUAAAAAGCCUGCCAGUUUACAUCUUUUCUGGAGCACCACUUGCUAGACUGAACCUGAGAAACAACAAAUUCAUGUACCUACCUGUCAGCGGAGUACUUGAUCAGUUGCAGUCUCUUACACAAAUUGACUUAGAGGGCAACCCUUGGGACUGCACCUGCGACUUGGUAGCAUUAAAGUUGUGGCUGGAGAAGUUAAAUGAUGGGAUUGUUGUGAAAGAACUGAAAUGUGAGACUCCUGUUCAGUUUGCCAACAUCGAAUUGAAGUCCCUCAAAAAUGAAAUCUUAUGCCCUAAACUCUUAAACAAGCCAUCAGCAACAUUCACAAGCCCUGCGCCUGCAAUUACCUUCACCACUCCAUUGGGUCCUAUUCGAAGUCCUCCUGGGGGCCCAGUGCCAUUAUCUAUUUUAAUCUUAAGUAUUCUGGUGGUUCUCAUUUUAACUGUCUUUGUUGCAUUUUGCCUUCUUGUUUUUGUGCUGAGACGUAACAAGAAACCCACAGUGAAGCAUGAAGGUCUGGGGAAUUCUGAGUGUGGCUCCAUGCAGCUGCAACUAAGGAAACAUGACCACAAAACCAAUAAAAAAGAUGGACUGAGCACAGAAGCAUUCAUUCCACAAACCAUCGAACAGAUGAGCAAAAGUCACACCUGUGGCCUGAAAGAGUCAGAAACUGGGUUCAUGUUUUCUGAUCCUCCGGGACAGAAGGUAAUGAUGAGAAAUGCUGCUGACAAGGACAAAGAUUUAUUGCAUGUGGAUACCAGGAAAAGACUGAGCACAAUUGACGAGCUGGACGAACUCUUCCCUAGCAGAGAUUCCAAUGUGUUCAUUCAAAAUUUUCUUGAAAGCAAAAAGGAGUAUAACAGCAUUGGUGUCAGUGGCUUUGAGAUUCGCUAUCCUGAAAAACAACAAGAUAAAAAAAACAAGAAGUCACUGAUAGGUGGUAACCACAGUAAAAUUGUUGUUGAACAAAGGAAGAGUGAGUAUUUUGAACUGAAGGCAAAACUUCAGAGUUCCCCCGACUACCUACAGGUCCUUGAAGAGCAAACAGCUUUGAACAAGAUAUAGGUCAUGUAAUCUGACUUCAUACAGAGGACAAUAUUUAAUGAUGAAAGUGCCUUUUGUUGACUUCUAACUUCCAAAUACUAUAUUACCAUUAGGCAUAGAGGCAGGUGUUUCCAAGGGUAUCUCAUUAACUGUAGCUGUAAAGAUAUGUCAAGUAGAAGAGAAUUCCCUUAAUAGAUUUUACUACAUAAAACCUAUACUGUGGAAUCCUAUGGGGAUACUGCAAACUCUAUUGCCAAAGGGAUGCUUUAUAAACAUAAUACACUGAAUUUAACCUCAAGAGGCAAAUCAGUUUUGUAUCCUGAUGCAAAACCUUCGUCUCUUUGUGCUUUGUAAAGCAAACUCGAGAAAACUGGUACCAGUGUCUGUACCUCAGCUGGGUCCUUCAUCUUGCACGUAGAUUAAGUUGGUGAAACUGGAAUAACCCUUUUGAUUUGUGGCAUUGUAACAACUCUGUGUAAAGAUUAUCUGAAAAGUGUAAAAAAAAAACACAAAUAAGCAUGCAAAGAGAGAACAUUUGAUAGUAUUUGUAAAUCAGUAAAAUUUAUGGCCUGCAUCUUGAAAUUGCUGGAUUUAUAAUGUUAAAUUGUGCAAAUACUUGUUUAAAAUAUACCAUGCAUUACAUAAUUAUAAAAUAAAUUUGAACACUUUAAGUAUUACCUGUCUAUACAUAAAAACCUAAAGGAGAAAAAAAAUCAAUGUGAGUUACAUAGCAUUUGUGGUGAUCUAGAAAAAAACAUGAUGUUUAUCAGAAUUAAACAUGGCUCAAAUUAAACUAGAGUUUGUUCUCAGUUAUGUCAAAUACCCACAAUCCUUAAAGGUUGUCCAAAAUUAGCAAGUGCUUACCGUGUGAGCGCACCCAAAGCUAUUUUUGUAACAUAAUUCAUAUUUAUGAAGUACUUUGUAUACUAAAUAGGAAAACACGUACUCCUUAAUAUGUAUUUAAUAUGCUUGACUUACUCUCCUGAUCACAGCAAAUUAAUCAGUAAGCAUAAAUUUAGAUAAGAAAAAGAAAUAUGAAAAUGAAACUGAAGCUAAUGUGUACAGAAAUAUUUUGGACUCUGUGAUCAGGUAUAAUUUAAAAGCAGAAAAAAAUACAAAAAAUAUAAAAAAGUAAAAAAAAAAAACAGUUCUGUGCAAUUCUUGUGAAUUUAGCAUAUUAUCUUCAGAUUUGUUACCAACUGUGCAUUUUAAAAUAGGCUCAUUAGUUUUAUAGUAUUGUGUCUGGGGCAGUUGUUAUUUGCCAUCAAUUGUCUUGCUUUUCAGGAUUCUAUGAGCUUAAUUCAAAUAGUUUUAAUUGCAAUAUUUAACAAAUUAAUGACUAAGGUUAAUAGUAUCUUGUAUGCAUCAGUAUCCUGUUCUUUCAUCAUUCUGACUAUCAGAUAAUCUAGUAGAACUAUAAACAUCAUGGUAAUCUUGGCUACCAAAGCCACCCUGCUAAAUGCUUGCACUGGUCUCAGAUGAAUUCAUGAUCUACAACUACAACUGAUAUGCCCCUGUGUUUGCGUGUGAUGUUAAGUUCUAGAUCAAAAUUGGUCAAAUGAUCGAGGCAUUUGAUAAUGGGCUGAUAUCUGAAGAUGUUUAGGAGCUAUGACUAGCAAAUUAAUAUUCAGAACAUCAUUGUCUUCUUGGCCACUUCUCUCUUCUCUCUUCUCUUCUCUCUCUCUCUCUCUCUCUCUCUUUCUCUCUCUCUCUCUCUCUCUCUCUCUCUCUCUCUCUCUCUCUCUCUCUCUCUCAUUCUCUCUGUCUCUCUCUCUGUGAGUGUGUUUUGUGUGUGUGUGUUGUGAUGUGAUGAAUUACUGUUUUAUUCAGUAAGGUAGUCAAGAAGGCAUACAGACAUUCUUUAUGAAUUUCAAGUGGCAGAUGUUUUGACGCAGCUUCCAAAAGGAUAUUAUAGUUAAAGUUGUAGCAGCACUCCCUUUAUUAAAUACUAAUUUCAAGAUUUUAUGUGUUUGUUCCAAUUUUUUUAAAGAAAAACUGGACAUUAUUACAGGAGUGUGUAUAUGUGUGUGUGUUUGUGUGUGUGUGUGUGUGUGUGUGUGUGUAUACAUGCAUGUGUGUUUAAGUGUAUAUUCACAAGUAUAGAUAACUUGGAGAUUUUUUUUAGAUAGCAAAUAAAAAUCUCCCUAUGUAUGUGCUGGUGCUCUUAAAACUUUAAUGUGUAAUUUUCAGUUUCAUGACAAUGUCUGUGAAAACUUUAUAUGAAUAUAAAUACAUCCAAACAAAUAAUUGCUUUCUGAUCUUGAAAGAAAAAAAUAUAUUCAAAUGCUAAUUUUCAUCUGCAGUUUCAUAAGGACAUUUAAUAUGCCAUUACCAUGCAUGCAUGCAUCCAUGGAUUAAAGGGCUCCUAAUGCACACUGACAGGAUAAAGAUGCAAAGUCUUCUAACAACGUGUUUUUAUUUAUUCAAUCAAUAAUGUUUGGAUUCAGAAAUCUUAAAUGCACACUUACAGGAGGAACCAGAAAGCUCCAUGCAUAACCUGGGGCUAAUAGGUCAUUGGGAUGAUGCAUUUUUAUUCAGUGUGGUGGUGUUUGAAGGAUAUUUCAAGGUUUCCGAAAAUUGUCAAUCCUAAGAGUACCUGCCACCAUCUCAAAGCUUGCUGUAGUAUAAUGGCUAUCUCACACUCUUCUGCUGAAAACUAUUAAUGUUCAAAAUAUUUUUAAGAAAAGAAAAUGUAAUUUAAUUGUUCGUUGUAAUUUGGAGGUCCUAAUUGUAAAUGGAAGUAACAAAUCCUUGGUUAAGGCUAGUAUACUUUCCUUAACUAAAGUCAUUGUGCCUACAUUAUACCGUGUAUGCUAAUUUGCACCUGUCUCUCAUUAGUUCUUGUAUCUUUUAUGAUACUGUAGUUAGGUAUAAAUUCUGAGUUGAGUACAAGAGCAGUUAAAAUACUGUAUCUACAUUUUGUUGGCUUCAACUAUAAUCUUGAUGUUAGUUUAACCCCUUGAGAUAUGAUAUGUAAAUGGUAAAACAUUUUUUAGUGACUUUGAUUCAAAUCUUAAAAGCCAAGAAGGGAUCAUUUCCAAUAUGGUGUGAAACAUCGUGGUCUUCUUGGCUUGAUAUUCUUGUGUACAGACUGUUUUAGAACAGUUGCAGAGAAAACUAGAUCUUAUGAAAUCAGUGAAGGGGUGAGAUAAUAUAUUGUGUCUGUGUAAUAUAAAUCAAGUUUUAAAUUAUUUUUUUAUGAAAUCAAUAAAAAUGAUUCAAUUCCUUAAAAGUAAAUCUUUGUGUAAUUUUAUGAGAAAGCAGCUAUUAAAGUACAGUGAUUCAAAUAUAUAAGGCAAUUUAUAUCAAUACUUAAUUUUCCAUGCUAAAUAAGAGUAUCAAGAAAUAUAUUAAUUAGGAAGUUUUAAAGACACUUGUCAUUUGUUGCUUUACAUAAACAUUUAGUUUUGUAUGCCAUAAGGAUGCAUAAAUACUAAAGAUCAUGGCCUCAUGAGUAAUGUCAUAGGUAUUUUAGAAAUAUCAGAGUCAAUCUCAGAAAUGUAUGGCGAUAAUGUUAAUCUACACACUUGCAUGACUAUUACAUAGAAAGUAUAUGAAAUGAGCACAGUGAGAUUGUUUUAUUUUUCUUUUUAAAUUUUUCUUGUUAUUGUUGCAUCCAAAGAGUUAGGGAGCAAAUAUACUCAGAAUGUAUUUAUAGUUACUAUUUUGAAAUAAAGUAGAGAAUAUGUAUUAUAUUACUUUUACCCUGAUUUGAUUAUAUCUAUUUUAGAUAAAUUCACUUUAAAAAUCAAGUAAUGCUAUUAAAAUAUAAUGUAAAUCACAGCAAAGAACAAUUCUAAUGAAUUAUGUUUUUGUUGAAUUACAACAAGAUAUUAGAAUUCAUUGAAUGACAUUUUUCUGGAAGUAUUAAUAAAAUUGUUUGGAGCAAUGUUAUUUCUGAAGCAGCAUUUUGUUAAGUAUAUUUAUCUUUUCUUUUUUUUUCAGAAAAAAAUAAAACAGUAACCAAACUGAUUAUAUCACUCAAAUUUGAGGGUAAGAUAUAUAGCUUUAUAAUACUGUUUACACACAACUUAAGUGUUAAGCCUCUGUUAAAAGAUGUGUUCUUUACAAACAUACUUGCAAUAGGUAUUCCCUAGUUCUAGCAAUCCCUUAACGAUCAGAUGUCAGACAGUGUUAAAAGUUAAUAUAUUUUGAUCCUAUUACAUUCUCACUCACCAUUUGGAAUAUAACAUAACUUCAAAUUAGCAAAUACUGGUAUUCGAUCUAGAAAAUCAACUCAAAUACUUUUAGAGAAACUUCAAAAUUUUUACAUCCUAUAGCAAGCUUGACUGAUUUUAAGUUACUGUGGUAAAUGGUUAUUUUUAACAUAGUUUCUUUAAAAGUAACCAAAAAUAUCAAUCACUUGAUGCAUUUACUGUUGUUGAAAAAAAAAAGUGAACCAACUGCAUUAUAGUUAACUAGAGAGCAGAAAAAAAAAUAUCAAAAGGCUGAAUUUACCAUAAAGUUGUUUUAAAUCAUGUAUCCUUAAGCUACAUGAAGCAAACAAAGUGCACAGAAAUAUAAAUUAAUAUUUCUGUGGCCUUACUACUAGACAUAAACAGUGCUGAAAGUGGGCACACUAUAGAUAGCAAGCACAAGGCAUUUUUCUCAGUCACUCUAAUAUGUAAACAAGUGGCAUCAAAUAAAAAUACAGGCUUAUGUUCAGUGUUCAUGCAAAAUUACUUACUAGCCAGAUGAGCUGAACUAGUACCACAUAGUAAAUGUUAUCAAUUACUAUGAAUAAUUAUAAGUUAAUUGAUGAUUUUUAUCUUUCAAUUGCAGAUUUCUAGGAGAUCUGUCUUUUGUUAAAUUCAAAACCAAAUGGGAGGUUAAGUAAACCUAAAUAACUUAUUUUUUAUUUACAAAAACUGCCUCUAGUGUGAAUUUUAAUUUAAUUUUAUUGUAUUGUUUUCUUUAUUCUACUUACUUUCUAAUGAUUUAUAUGAUAGCAUUGGAAAAGGACAAUUUAAAGAAUGUGGUUUUACUAUCUCCUCUGUGAAAUACUAUGAUUUUCUAAAAUUUUGUAAAAUUUACUUUUUAAUUUGUUCUUCUUAUACCUACACAGGGGAAAUACACUGAAGCUCUGAGGCAAUUGAAUACUGCCCCAUAUAAUAUGAGAGUGGGAGUACAAAAUAUUGAAACUCAACAUUGUUUGAUAACUAUAAGUUAGUUUGGCAAUAGAAUCCAGAACCAAGAAAUAACUAUUCAAUCUUUCCUUACAGUUGACUUUUGUAGACAUUCCCUGUAUAUAACAUAGAUUUUAGCCCUUCUGAUAUUACAAAAGAAAGGACAAUUUUUUUUCUAAAAAAUUCACAAAUGGAGCCUUUAGAGAGCAAAUGAAAGUAUACAAUAAAACAAUAUCUUUUACUUUUAAAUUGACUAUAUAUAAAAAAGGGCAGUCUUUUAGAAUUUUUGAACAAUAUACUUCUUCCAGGUGGCAAUUCAUAAAUAGUAGUUCAUGUCAGAUGCUGUUGAUAAACAUCUAAGGAAGCCAUGCUGUGCAAUGGAUAUUAAUUAUGGCAACAUUUGAGAAUCAUAUUAAGCUCUGUUCUCCCUACUAAAAAUUGCAAUGUAUAUUUCCAUCAUUGUUUUAUGUAAACUGAAUCAUUGUACUAAAAUUCUGGAGUUGAUAUGAAGUAACUUUAAUGCUGUUUUCAUGAAUAAAAGUCUUUUCUUAUAGGUCA